AUGACCCAAGGUGCAAGCAACGGCCACCCUAACGGGUUGGCGCUGCCACAUGUCCGAACACUUCCCCUUUUCUACGACAGCGAAGAUUCCCAGCAAUCUGCGACUCGUCUAAUCCUGACUGUUCGACCAGACUGGGCCUCCGACGACUCCAACAUCGAAUUCGUUCGCUUCACCGACGGCAUCACCAACACCCUCCUCAAGGCGAUCAAUAAGCGGAAGGGCUGGUCCAAGGAGGAUAUAGACAGGGAGGCUAUCCUGCUGCGAGCGUACGGCAAUGGAACUGCCGUCCUCAUCGACCGCGAGCGCGAGGCCCAGAACCAUGAGCUUCUCAUGAAGUAUGGGCUGGCCCCCGAGCUCCUGGCUCGCUUCCGGAAUGGCAUGCUCUACCGCUUCAUCAAGGGCAGCGUGACAGCUCCCGAGGAUCUGCGGAAGCCCGCCAUCUACAGGGCUGUUGCCAGUCGAUUGGCCCAGUGGCACGCGACUGUGCCCUGCAUCACACAUCCGACGUCAACAAACGGCCAAGUCAAGGAAAAUGGCGCCAACGGCCACGAAGACCCGGAGGUGAUUAUCGAGAACGCCGCACCCGGGAAGCCGGUACCGAACCUAUGGACUGUGAUGCAGAAAUGGAUUCUGGCGCUGCCUACAAACACCCAAGUGCAAAGGGAGAGACAAGACAAGCUCCAGAAGGAGUUGGAAUACAUUAUCAAGGAGUUUAGUCAGCGCCCCGGCCUUGGUGUUGAUGGUCUCGUGUUUGCCCACUGCGACCUUUUGAGCGGGAAUGUCAUUGUGCUGCCAAGCAGCCUGCCUGCGAAGGGUAGCAAAAAGGAAGCCACCGUGACCUUUAUCGACUACGAGUAUGCCACGCCCUCCCCGGCUGCAUUCGACAUCGCCAACCACUUUGCUGAGUGGGGUGGUUUCGACUGCGACUAUAACAUGAUGCCUACCAAGUCCCAACGCCGAGAGUUCAUCGAGGAGUACGUCCGUUCAUACUUCAAAUACUCCCAAGGUAGCCCGGGUGUCGACGUCGAGGCUGAGGUCAGGAAACUCAACGACGAGGUUGACCUCUUCCGUGGUGUGCCGGGGUUCUACUGGGGCAUCUGGGCCCUGAUCCAGGCCGUCAUCUCGGAGAUUGACUUUGAUUACGCCUCGUAUGCGGAGACGCGCCUCGCCGAGUACUGGGCGUGGAAGGAGGAGAAAGAAGGCAGCCGGGCCGCGGCCGGCAAAGAGAUGCCCCUACGCGAGAGACGAUGGGAACAAGUGGAGUAA